AUCUAAAAAAGCCCAGUAAGGCUUUCGCCACUAUGCAGGGGUUGUUCGUUCCUUUAUCCUCUUAUACAUGUGAAUUAUUACUAAGUAUAUAUACUAUUAUUAUUAUUACUCUAUCAGAUAUUUGAUGUUAAACUUAAAACGUUUAUCUCAUCAAGUCUACGCCGGGAUUAAUCAAUCUUUCGCCGCCGUAAUUCCUCCAAAACUCCUGCCGCCUCUAUUCACGCCGUAGCCGCCUAUCCCGAAUCUUUUGGUUUAGAGGUGGCAAGUGAUUACAAUGUAACAUAAGUUCUGAUCAGAAAAAUCCUAAUAAAAGAUGUUUCCAUGGAAUAUUGCUAAGUCGGCAGAGGCAAUUCUGUCUCGUUUCGCUGCCAAACGACUUUGUAAGUUUUUGUUGAAGAAGAAGCUCGGCCAAUUCAUUCAUGGCGAUAUCGAUCUUGAUCAACUUGAUGUUCAACUUUCUGCUGGUUUACUUCAGCUCACUAAUCUCGCUCUUAAUGUUGAUUACCUUAAUGAAAAAUUGCUGCAAGCGUCAAUCUUUAGGAUUAAAGAAGGAUCAAUCAACUCAUUGGUGGCAAAAAUGCCUUGGAAUGGUGAUGGUUGCGAAGUUGAGGUGGAUGAGCUAGAGCUUGUGCUUUGUCUGUGUUGUGAUGACAGUUCAAAUGAGGUCGCUAGAACUCAUGGUUCAAAUGAAGAUUAUGGGGUCAAUAAUGACAUGGGACAGGGUGAAGAUGAUAUGGUCUAUAAGUCCUUAGAUGCUUCUGUCAAUGUUCACGAAGGAGUUAAGACAGUUGCUAAAAUGGUAAAGUGGUUGCUAACUAGUUUCCGUAUCAAAAUAAAAAAUGUGAUUGUUGCAUUUGAUGCCUGUGUAGAAGAAAACUCAAAAGAUGGUUCCCAUGAUGCAUUAGUAUUGCGGGUUGCAGAAAUUGAAUGUGGAGCUUGUAUUUCUGAGGAUAGGAAUACAACUGAGGGUGCAAAUGCUGGGGAUUUUCUGGGUAUAAGUCACCUCACAAAUUUUCUUGAAUUUCAAGGAGUUACUAUUGAACUCGUUCAGAUGCGUAAUGGUUACAAUGAAAUAUAUCCAGCUCCUCAGGCGGCUGCCCUUAGCUGCUUUCCAUCUAAUACUUCUAAACCUGUGUUGACUGGGCAAAGAGCUGGUUUUUGUGGUACUAUGAAGCUGUCCAUUCCUUGGAAGAAUGGUUCUUUGGAUACUCGCAAAGUGGAUGCAGAACUUAAUGUGGAUACUGUAAUUGCAAAAUUGCAUCCUAGUACUCUAAAGUGGAUUUUAGCUACCUGGGAGUUGCUUGAGAGCUAUGAAAAGAAGAGGGUUGAUCAGGAAAAUCACAUUGCUGCAGACACAGUUAUUGAUGCUUCAACUUCUCAAAGGGGUUCAUCUACGUCUACUUCAUCUUCUUCUAUGUUUCACAAGAGCCUUACACCAGAGUGGAGUUCAAUUAGGGAAGAAUUGGUUACAGAUGUCCUUUUGAAAGAGUCACAAUUCAUAUCUGAUUGGGUGCCCUUUUCUACUGGAAGCUUUGAGAAUGAGGGACUUGAAGAGGCGAAUUUAGGAGCCAGUGUUGAUCAAUUUUUCGAAUGUUUUGAUGAGAUGAGGAGUUCCCAGUUGAUAUUGGGUUGCAGUGGAAUGUGGAACUGGACGUGCUCUGUUUUCAGUGCUGUAACUGCUGCGUCAAAUCUUGCUUCUGGAGCUUUAAAUGUUUCUACUGAGCAGCAGCAUGUGGAAAUGAAUCUUAAGAUAAAUCUUGGUGGCCUUUCAACACUUUUAUCCUUUUCUGAUGAUGUCCAAUUGCCUCAGCACAAGCUAGCUGAUGAACUAGUGGAUAUUGAUUUUGAUGUUCGUCAUCUGGGUUUAUAUUGGCAAGACAUAGUCAUAGAUGUCCAGGUAUAUCCUGAAGAGUGGAAAAUGGAGGCAAAUGUCAAACAUAUUUUCUUGGAUGAUCUCUUCAUGCAGAAGGGGGAUUCAAUAGAUAUCUGUUUGCUUGGUAACGAGAGGGACUUAAGUGAUCAGACUCUUAUGAUUCGAGCCUUGCAAGAUACAGUUGUUGGUGUUCUUCCUUCAAGUUGCAAGUUUGCUGCGCCAUCAAGCAUGGAAGUUAUUGAUAUAUCUAAGAUCCAGAAUACUCCAUUUAAUUUAUCAUGUAAACAAAACUCUGCCUGCAGCAGCAAUGUAGUAAAAGCUUCCCUGUUUCAGACUUCUGGUGUAAGUCGAUGCUUUUGUGCAGUGAGUUCAAGAUCCUCUGGGGAUAACUGUACUACGCGGUGUUCCUUUUCAUUAAUACUUCCACCUUUCAUACUGUGGUUAAACUUUGAUUUGGUGAAUAUGGCCUUGGAGUUUUCAAGGAAACUUGUGAACUCUUCCAGAAAGAACAAACCUGGGGGUGCCUCAUCUGAACUCUUUGAAGACAAGCUUAAACCUUCUCAUUCCACUGUACCAUCAACGCCUGGGAAGGGAUACUUGGGAGGAAACAUAUUUCUUCCUGAUGCUAGAAUUUUUCUAUGUUUCCCCGUUAAGAAUGGUGGAGGUUUUAGAAAUUAUCUCUCUUUUGAUCAAUUUAUAGCUCUGGAUUUCUCUUGCCCGACAAAUAUUGAGAAUUUGAAGGAAGAAUCUGGUUUUGUUCAAGAAGAUACAUCUCGGAAGAAAUAUUUUUCGUCACCUCCUCGUUCAGUGAUUCUACGUGUUGUUAAUCUUGAUGUUUACCAUAUCACUGGAGCUGUAAUUGAUGAUUCUGGUAGGUCCAUUGAGUUGGAUAGUCGGAGAUUUGGUCCUAAAAAAUUUCUGUCCCUUGGGGAUGGAACUUCUUGGGUGGUUAUGAUCAAUAUGCUUUGGCAUGAAGAUGCUGUAACUGGUGCCAGGAUUAUGAAGAUUGCAAAGAGUUUAGCAACAUUGGAUGAAUCAGCAAGUGAAAUGUCAUCUGCCACCAGCGAUUAUGAGUUUGCCUCUGUAUUAACCAGAGAAGAUAAGGAGGAUUUGUCUACUCACAAACGGAAGGAGCUGAUAAUGAGCUCCAAGUUCUGUCUACAUAUUUGUUUACCUGUCACGGUUAUUACUCUCUGCAGGUCUCAGUAUUUAUGUUUGUUUGAACUUUUGAGUCAGGCCAUGGAUGCGUUAAGUAGUGUAGAUGGUGACACAAUUUAUAAACAUAGAGGAAGAAGCACUAGCGUAACCCAAUCAUCUGUCCUUCUGGAAUGUGUUCUGGUGAAAAUUCAUAUUGAAUUGGAUCAAGGAGAUUCCUAUAAAAGUUCAUUGCAGAGAGAACUUCCUGGUUCUUGGAGCAAUUUGAAUCUGGAGAUCCAGAAUCUUCAGUUGCAUUUUGUUUCUAAUGUUGGUUCUGUUAGCGAUUCUUGUUUUCUUAGGAUAUCCCAUGAUGAAGGGAAAUUGUGGGGUUCUAUUGCUUCAGUAGCAGAUCAGGAAUUCCUUCUGGUUUCUUGUUCCAAUGGCUCAAAUGGGCGAAGAGAUGGAGAAGGUUCCACUGAGUUGUCCUGCAGUCAUGCUGGCACUGUUUUUGUGCAUGUAACUGACCAAGAGCAUAGCCAUAAUUACAUAUUGAUAGAUCUGAAAUGUUGGACUAUUGUUGCACCUGGAGGCCGUUUAGAUUGGCUAGAUAAGAUCCUUUCUUUCUUUAGCUUGUCAUAUCCUGAAAAAGGUCAAGUAGCUGAUUGUAACACGCAGAAGAGGGAUUCUGGGGUGCUUUCCUUUGCUGUAAAAUUUACAGAUAGUGCAUUGAGUUAUGAGCCUUAUUUUUUGGGGCUGGAAGUCAGUGGGGAAUGUCUGAAUCCUAAGUCUCAUAUAUCUGUUAGCCUUGAUGAUAAACAAUGUGAUCCAUAUAUUGCUUGUCUUCUGGCUGCAUCAUCUCUGACAAUUUCAAGUACCACAAUAGCAGGUAGUCUAGACAAUUAUUAUAGUAUCAGAUUACGAGAUGUGGGUUUCCUUCUUCAUGAAUCGUCAAAGCAGGAAAAGUCCGUGGGUGAAUACAGUGUUGAUCAUUUACGUGAGCUUGGCUAUGUCAAAGUUGCUAGGGAAGCUCUGGUAGAUGCAAUCUUAAGAAUCAACUGUGAAAAUGACAUUUACUGGGAAUUGAAUUGUUCAGAAUCUCAUGUUGUUCUCAGUACAUGUCACGAUACAACACUUGGUUUAAUACGCUUGGCUUCUCAACUCCAGCAGGUUUUUGCUCCAGACAUGGAGGAGUCACUUGUUCACUUGCAAAACAGAUGGAACUUUCAUAAACAUGUGCAGGGAGAGGAUGAUGGUAAAGGAGUAUUGGAAACCUGCAACAAUUCUUCCUCAAGGACAAUGCAGGUGCAACAACUUCAUCCAGGUUCGAGGGUUGAAUCUCGAUUUUUCAGCUUGAUGGAUGAAAUAUCUGAAGAUGCCUUUCUGUUCCAUGGGAAAACCACGAGCUCAUUUGAUAGCUCUGAAUCAAGUACAGUACGUGGAAGUGAUAAAGGUCUACUUUAUGAAGGGCAUAGCUUCAACUAUGUAUGUGACAAUUAUGUAGAAGAUUGCCAGUCAUCAAUUCUACAGCAACCUGAGAUUAUGGAAAGUUAUUGUCUAUCAGAUUUAAGAUCAUUAUCAGAACUAACAAGUAACAGCUUCUUUUCUGAAGGUGAUUCUCCAUCUAAUUUGGAGAGCCAGGGUUAUGUGGAUGUUCAAAGAGGUAGAAGUGGAUGGUAUGGCAAUACCUCCUUAAGUAUUUUUGAAAAUUAUAUUCAAGGUCGAACUACUCAAUCAGACUCAGAACAGCUACAGGAAGACCAGCAUAAUUGUAAGGAAGAGAAUCUUUGCCAAAGAUACAAAGGACGUUUACUUCUAAAUAAAGUUGACUUUAAAUGGCGGAUGUAUGCUGGUUCCGACUGGUGUGACUUCCCAAGAACUACCCGGUAUUCUAAACACCUAUGUAGAAGGGAUGAGACUCUUUGCCUAGAGCUUGCUCUAUCUAAUAUGAAUGUUCAUUAUGAUAUCUUUCCUGAUGGUGACUUGUGUGUAUCUAAACUUUGUCUUUCUGUCCAAGAUCUUCACCUUUAUGACAGAAGUAUAAGUGCUCCUUGGUGGCAGGUGCUUGGAUAUUAUUCAUCUAAGGAACGCCCUAGACAAACUUCUUCAAAGGCAUUGAAGCUUGAGUUGGAAGCUGUGAGACCAGAUCCCAUGACUCCUCUUGAGGAGUAUCGGUUACGUCUAGCUGCUCUCCCUAUAUUGUUGCAUCUUCAUCAGAGCCAGCUUGAUUUUCUGAUUUCCUUCUUUGGGGGCAAGUAUCCAACAGAUGAGCCUUCUCAGGACGAUGACAAAGAUUCUAGUUCAACAGAUGUAACCUUAGCUAAAGAGAGUAAGUUGAAAGGUCUUGCUGAUGAGGCAUUGCUCCCCUUUUUUCAGAAGAUUGAUAUCUGGCCUAUUAUUCUUCGAGUUGACUAUCGUCCUAGCCGUGUUGACCUUGCGGCAUUAAGUGGAGGGAAGUACGUGGAGCUUGUUAACCUUGUCCCUUGGAAGGGAGUUGUGCUGCAUCUUAAGCAUGUUGAAGCUGCAGGAAUUUAUGGAUGGGCCAAUGUAUGUGAAACAAUAGCUGGUGAAUGGCUGGAAGAUAUUUCUCAACAUCAGGUCCAUAAGCUAUUGCAAGGUCUUCCUGCUAUUCGAUCGCUUGUUACUGUGGGCUCAAGUGCUGCAAAGUUGGUCUCUUUGCCGGUGAAGAAUUACAAGAAGGAUAAUAGAUUAGUGAAGGGUUUACAAAGAGGGACCGUUGCGUUUCUCAGAAGUAUCUCAGUUGAAGCUCUUGGACUUGGUGUGCAUCUGGCAGCAGGAACUCAGGAGAUUCUGCUCCAUGCUGAAUGCAUUCUCGCACGCAUGCAGCCAUCUUUACCUCAUCCUAUCAGAAGAAAUCGCCAGACGAAGCUUGGACCUAGUCAGCCAGAAGAUGCUCAGCAUGGACUUCGACAGGCUUAUGAGAGUCUUAGUGAUGGCUUAGGAAAGACUGCCUCUGCGUUGAUUCAUGCGCCCAUGAAAACAUAUCAGCAUGGUGGGGGUGCAGGUUCUGCUCUUAUGGAUGCCGUUAGGGGAGCUCCUGUUGCAGCCAUAGCUCCGGCUUCUGCUGCUGCACAAGCUCUACACCGUGCUCUUGUUGGUGUUAGAAAUAGCCUUGAUCCUGAACGCAAGGAAGAAUCCCUAAACAAGUACUUGGGGCCAUCUCGCUCCUUGGAGAAACGUUGAACUUACUGGUGUUAUAUCAUGUGAUUAUUCUUUGCUACCUGAGAAUCCAUGUAGUGAAUCUCACGGACGGAAUUAGCAAUGACUUCUCUGCAUACUUGCUCAUGUGAGUUAAUUUAAGCUAUUAUUUCUGAAUAUAUUUCUUCUUCGAUCCAUGUGCCGGUUCAUUGGGUCAGGCCCCCAUUUGAGCCCUUAUCCAGCCCAUUUUAUGAAGAGCUUUGUAAGGGCCGGGCCAAAAAUGGACCGGACCAAAGAUGGGCUCUUCUAUAAUUAAAAUGGAACGGGCUAUUAAAGGUUCUCGGUAACUGGCCUUUGUAAAUAGUAUACUUAAUGGUAAUUUAAAUAUUAUAAAUGACAAUGUCAUUGAGGUGAUUAAAAUAUUUUUUGGUAACAAAAAUGGGCCGGAUUGGGUCGGACUGGGCUUUUAGAGCUCGAUCUAUUUAAAGCCCAUAUCCAAUCCGGCUCAUAUUUACUUAAGUCUGGUCCGACCAUUAUCUGGCCCAUUGAACAACCCUGUGCGCCAUCACAAAUUGUUGUGAGAGACAAUCUCUCCGAGAGACGCAUUAAAUAUAUGGGCUAAAUACCCAAUCAAUACAAAUUAAAGUAAAAAUAAGAACGUGGACUUCUUGUUUUGAGAUCAUCUCUUUGAGAGACAGUCUCUCUCACGAGUAGUUAGUGCGCCAUACAUAUUCGAAUUUUGACCGUUUGCAAUAAACUUUGUGUUCAGCUUGUUGUCUUUUUUUAUAAUCAGAAUUAUAUUGAUAUUUGAUUUGAGGUUACCACUGCUCGAUGUAUUUUUGAUCCGUCUCAUAUACUUAUCCAUGCUUGAUGUAUUUUGUGCAUGCCAAUCUUAGCUGGGCUACUGAAACCUGAAAUUUUCUGCACUAUGGAUGCUCUACUGUUUCAGUACCAAAAUUCUAAAUCUGAGAUACUUUUGUGCAGGCGUAGGCUCUGUGUUAGGAUCAUAUAAUUUCUCCAUUGGUUUUGGAAUAGCUAAAGGUAGUCCUUGUAUGAACUGUAAAUAUUCAUUUGUUGGUGAUUGAAUUAUCAGAGCACGAAAGAGCAUUUUCAAUUCCUUAUUCUUUAGAAACGGCAUUCUUCAAACUAGAAUGUGGUUUCCAUUUAAUGUACAUAGUUUGCUCCAUGUAAAUUAAGGUGUACAGUAUUUUGUUUAUAUGCAUCUCCAGGUUUGAUUGGAA